CAUCCAGUGGUGCAGCUAUUCAAUGCACUCCACUCCAAACAGAUCCAGACAAAAGUAAAGGCAGCAGCCGGCACCUAUCAGGGGGAAAAGGCCAAAGUUUUGCCAACCAUUCACAAGGGAAGUUUCUUAAACAUGCUGAAAGGCAGAAAGUCUGAGGAGAAGAAGUGGGCAGUUCUGAAGGAAGACUUCACGAUGAAGGCA